AUGACAAAAAAUCUGAGAUUCUAAAAAGUGAAUGAUGCUUUGCCAAUCAUUUAGCCAUCUAAAUCUACUAAGUUACAGUAGGAUUAUCAAGAAAGUUGUAGUACAGAGAGAGUCAGAAGAUUGGUGAAUAAAGUAAAGGCACAGUUAAAAUUGACGAAUAAUACACAUGAUGUCAGAUUUAAUCGUUAAUUGUAAUAAUUCAAGAUACUUGAGACUUUUAUUGACACAAAAACCAAAUUAAAGAGGUUGAAUAUUAUCAACAAUAGAGAUUUAUUAGAAUCAGUAAAGAAUUAUCUAAUAAGAAGGAAAGUAGCAAGACAAUUGGAUUAACAGGAAGCAGAUUUAGAAAAGAUGUAUGAAUAAUACGAAGUAGAGUUCGUAACAGAAUUUGAUAAAGCUUUCUUGGAUAGUGAUUGUUUUUUAGAUUUAGGUUUGGUUAAAGCACCAAACAAGAAGACUAAGGAGUUAUCUAAGGAGAGAUUACAAGACCUCGGAAGGAGAGCAGUUAGUUAAUUUUAAGGUUGUUGUAAUUAAAGGUCAAACAGAGAUUAUGUGACAAAAUCUCAGUAUGAUUAAAAUCUAUUUUAUUAUCAUGUUGAAGAUCAAAUCGAAUAAAUAAAGAAAGAGAGAGAGGAGACUGAAAACUUUCUUUAGAAACUUGGAAAAUCCACAAAAUGCAAAACUCAAUCAGGAGAGCCAUAGAGUGGGGUACAGAUAGAGUAAUAGAAGCCAACUUAAAUAGAUUAUGAUAAGGAGCUCUACAAGAUAGUUUUGUAGUAUGGAAUUGACCUAAAUUCUACGGAAUAAUUGGAGGAAGACAUUUACAAGGCAUUCAAAUAGCACGCUAAUGAAUUUAUUAAGUCUAAAAUAAAUGAAGUGAAGAUUAAGCACAGUCAGAGUAUAGAAGAGGAUCAAUUAAAAAAUAAAUCUCAAAAUAAGCCAUAAAAAAUAAAAAUAAGUUCUAUGUUUGAGUAAUAAUUGUUGAAUUUCUCGAAAUGCAAUCCACCUCCCAAAACAAGACACAGACCAGAGAACAUUAUACAUACCUUGCCAUCGGAAAAUAGGAAGUCGUAAUUGAUAUAGGAGUUGAUGGAAAAGAAGAAGGAAAAGACAAUUUUACUAAGUUAAUUUAACCAGAAAUCAAAGAGAAUUAUUAAUAUGUGUAAUAUGGAUGAAUAAAAAUUGUAGUAUAAUGAGUUUAUAAAGGAUAUACAGUUGAUGAAUUUGUAUUUGGAUGAGGCUAUAACGAGAACUAAUUUCAACAGAAAACUUUCGUAGUUGGGUUUUACAAAAGAGGAUUAGUUUUAGAUAAAGAAAUAGAUUGUACUCCCAGGUGGGUAAGUAAGAAAUCUACGCAAUAAUCAGUGA